AUGGGCCAGUCCCCUGGAAAGAUUCCAGGGGUGGAGGUGGCGCAGGGGGCGCCAAAGCCCAAGGGAUGCAGUGAGGCGCCACAAGGCGGCUCGUUGAACUUCACUCUGGAUGCGCCCGGCCGAUCUGCCGCAUGGCUGUACCUGGUCCUUCCUGAUGGCCAUGAGGGUUCUUCCAUUCUCGGUGUCGACUCUAGAGGUGGCGAGUUCUAUUUGCAGCUAGACUCCGGCAAGCACAGAACCGGAGAUACCUGGCAUGUGCAGCUGGUGCUGCCUUCUGGCUUCGACCCAAAGGGUGUGAAGUACAUGUGGAUCCUGGAUCCAAAGGAUGGCAGGCCACAGGGCGCAACGAGGAUCCUGGAUCCUUGCGCCAAGUGUUUGGAUUCUCGCUAUGCGAGAGAUUGGAACAAACGAGAGGGUGCUAAAUACUCCCCAAUGGCUGUUGUUCCGGAUCGCCGCGCGCUCUAUGACUUCGAUUGGCAAGGUGUGAAGCCUCCAGACCAUCACUUGAAAGAUCUUGUGAUCUACGAGACUCAUGUGCGAGGAUUUACGCGGAAUCCAGACAGCAAGCUGCAAGACUGGGACUCCACGGCAGGUACAUUCCUAGGCUUCAUACAAAAGAUCCCUCAUCUGCUGAAGCUCGGCGUGAAUGCAGUAGAGCUACUGCCUGUCUACGAGUUCGAUGAGACUGCGUGUCCCAGGAAGAAUCCAGAGAAUGGGGAACAGCUCUGCCAUUUCUGGGGAUAUUCCACAGUCAACUUCUAUGUUCCAAUGCAGCGUUUCUCCUCCAGAGAUCGGAUUGGCGCCGCUAUAGUCGGUUUCAAGACAAUGGUGAGAGAGCUUCACCGUCAGGGCAUCGAAGUGAUUCUGGAUGUGGUUUUCAAUCACACGGCUGAAGGUGCGUGGGGCGAGCACUACUGGCAUAGCUGGGCUGCCAUUGCCAAAAACCGCUAUUACAUUCUCAGUCAUGGCCAGGAUACGAAUUACACAGGUUGCGGAAACACUGUCAGCGCCAACGACCCCAUGGCCUCCGACUGGAUUGUAGAUUGCCUUUGUUACUGGGUGGACGAAAUGCACGUGGAUGGGUUCAGGUUUGAUCUAGCAUCCGCACUGACGCGUGGAGGGGACGGCAAGGUUUCCAUGGAUCCCUUGCUCAUGCGAAAAAUGGCUCAAGAGCCCAAGCUGCAGAGAGCCAAAUUCAUCGCAGAGGCUUGGGAUUGCUCCUGGCCGGACGGUUAUUUGGUUGGCAAGUUUCCAUCUGGUGGACCACCAAGAUGGGCUGAGUGGAAUGGCAUCUUUCGCGACACCAUUCGGUGUUUCAUUAAAGGUGAUGCGGGGAAAAAAGGUGAUUUCGCGACAAGGAUUUGCGGCAGCUCCGACCUUUUCAAGCACAACGGGCGAAAACCUUUCCAUUCAAUCAACUUCAUCACGGCCCACGAUGGAUUUACGCUGAAGGACUUGGUCUCCUACAAUGGGAAACACAACGCUUGCAAUGGUGAAAACAGCGGAGACGACCACAACAACUCCUGGAACUGUGGUCACGAGGGUGAGACAGGCGACGGGAACGUCAAGCACCUCCGCAACAGACAGAUGAGGAACUUUUUGGUGGCUUUGUUCAUGAGUGCUGGAACUCCGAUGAUUCUCUACGGUGAUGAGUAUGGGCGAUCGCAGAGGGGUUGCAACAAUGGUUGGUGUCAGGAUGCUCGCUGCUGGUUUUCCUGGAGCGACGCAGAGCGAGAGGAGAACCAGCUCAACCGCUUCGUGCGUUUGCUGAUCUCCUUGAGGAAGCAAUACUCCGGAAUCUUCAACCGGACUGAGUUCAUGUCGAACAAGGACAUUUGGUGGCGCGUUCAUUGGGACGAUCCUUACAACUACAUCUGCUAUGUCUUGCAUGACCAUCAGGCGACCGGAAAGGGGUACGCUGGACUCCUAGUUGCCUUCAAUGCGGGCCACGAGGUGCGGUCCUGUGAUUUGCCGACAGACAAGCCAUGGUACCGCAUCAUCGACACCAACCUGGCGCCGCCCAAAGACAUCUGCGAGGACGAGGCCUCCUCGACGAAGAUCGGCUCACACAAUUACGUCAUGCAGCCGUACAGCUGCAUUGUGCUGAAGACCUACUCAGACAAAUCGUCCAUCAAGCAGUUUGCAACAGCUGAUGCCGAGUACGGUGCCCAUCAGGACAUCAACCUGCACAUGAAGGAAAUCAUCAGACGGCGUAUGUCCAUGGAGUUCACUUCAAGCUUGGGAACUCCAACUUUACAAGACGUGGGUCGAAAGCAAAGUGACGCAGCAAUGGAGCGCGUGCAGUCCAUGGUCCGAAUGCGGUCCUUGAUGUCAGGAGCUUUUCUGGAGGCCUUGGGAGAGGAGGACGUGGUCAGCAAACAAGAGGUGUCGUUCGAACCACCCAAGCGACAGUCCUCGAAGUUGCUGCCGCCGACGCUUCCGAUUGGGCCGGCGAAGCCGGAACUAGGAUGCAAAGGCACUCAGGUGUUGGCGCGAGACGUGGGCAACAAGAAGAUUGAAGUCUGGCUCCAUCCUGCUGUGAGCGAAGAUGGCGUGGUUUUUGAGCUGAGAGCCACUGCAUUUGGUGAAGGUGAUCUGAUCUUCCAUUGGGGUGUCAUCGAAAGGCCUGGCGCUGCCUGGACACACCCGCCUGAAGAGGUUCUGCAAAGCAGCUGGCCGGCUCGCAGCAAAGCCAUUCCUGGUGCUGUGCAAACAUACUUCGGGGAAGAAGAGGAAGAUGGGUUCCGACGGGUCUUCAUCACCUUUCCCAGCAAAGUCAAAGUGGCGGCGGUGAACUUCGUUUUGCACGAGCCACCUAAUGCUUGGCACAAAGCAGGCCGCUCCGACUUUUCCGCGGAGUUUCCGCAGGCACCAAGCCUCUUCAAGAGUGCUGCAGACCGCGCCGUCAAAGCAGACUCUGCUGGCAAGACUGUGAGGACAACUUGGUGGAAGGUCCAUGGAGGCAACCUCAUGGGAAUUACUGGUGUCUCUGCAGAAGGUGCUCUAGUUCACUUUAUCACGGACCUUGACGAGAUCAUGCUUCACUAUGGAUCUGGUGAUGCCUACAACAAGUGGCUUUUCGCCCGGUCUGUGAACUUCCAGGAAGCGCCGGAGUCUGGCAUUCGGGAGGUGGUGGUUCAGCUCAACCCAGACGAGGUGACUCAUCGCCUGAUGUUUGUGCUGAAGUUUCCCGGCAAUCUCUGGGUAAAGGAUGGAUCGGAGGAUUUCAAACUCUGGCUUCCAGAGGACGAAUCCUUUGCGCAGGCGAAAGUUGCCAGCCAAAAGGCUCUGCUGGCCAAAGCCGAGUCCCAAGAAGGCCUUCGGUGA